AUGAUUGGAGGUAGUGGUGGUGAUGAAGGUGGAGUUGGUGGUUGUGGUGGUGGUGGUGGUGGUGGGGAUGGCAAUUGUGGAGGUGGUGGUGGUGGUGGUAGUGGCAGCAUAGUGGUGGUUGUGGUGUUGGUUGUGGAGAUGGUAGUGGAUGUGGAGGUUUUGGAGGAGGAGGUGGUUGUGGUGGUGGUGGAGGAGGUGGUGGUUGUGGUGGUGGUGGCGGAGGAUGAGGAGGAGAAGGAUGUGGUGGUGGAGGUAGUGAAUGUGGUGGUGCAAGUGCUGGAGUUGGAUGUGGAAGUGAAGGAAGUCAAAAAGCAGCAGAGAUUGGGAUAG